GCGCCGCGGAAGUGUGAUGUGGCGGGCAGCGCGUCGCCAUGUCUGCCAUCUUCAACUUUCAGAGCCUCCUGACUGUAAUCUUGCUGCUAAUAUGUACCUGUGCCUAUAUCAGAUCUUUGGCUCCCAGCAUACUGGACAAAAAUAAAACUGGACUAUUGGGCAUAUUCUGGAAAUGCGCCAGGAUUGGUGAACGGAAGAGUCCGUACGUAGCUGUGUGCUGCGUGGUGAUGGCCUUCAGCAUCCUGUUCGUCCAGUAGCGUCUGGGGAACGUCUCCUACACUACCAAACACCAGAGAAGGGAAGGAACUUUGGGCAGAAAAGAUAGAGCAUCAGCGACUAUUCUCUCRCAGGCUGGAUGGCCUGUCCCUUAGCGGGCACCCUCAGCUCCUGCAAACGGUACAGUUUUAGCAAUCAUAAUGUAACUAACUGCAGGAUGAGGCGUGCUUAUUAAUGCCCAGUCAGGACUGACGCUGCUGGUGUGACUAUUUAGAAGCUGUCUGAUGCAUAUCUGAGUUCCAGGGGAGUUUGUUUGGUUUUCCUCCCUCAGUGUGCAGGUGUAAGAACGUUUAAUGUUGAUAAACUUAUUUUCUCAAACUUAAAAAUGGCAACUCUAUAUAGCAAUAAGUCUGCUCUUAGAAAAAAACAUCGUGAUUGUAGGAUGUGUUUACAGAAGUAUUUUCAGUUCUUUACUGUCUAGAGAAUUCCUGUCAUUUUGUGAGAGGUAAAUUUGAAUAGUAAAUAUAUCACUUCUGGCUUAAGUUACACUCAGCUGUCCUCUAAGCUUGUAACUGCUCAAAUAUUUUGUAAUACUUUUGUUAUUAAGAUAAAAUACAAAUAAAGGUAGGGACCAUAGCUGUAGUGAUGUCUGACUACCUGCUAAGAAUGCACACAUUUGGAAUUUGAGAACCUUGAUCUGGAUUGGUAUUAAUCACGUGUGCUCAUUGUUAAAGACUUGUGUUUCAGGUAAAGCAUUCCCCAGUUUCUUUCAAUAUUAUGACUUACAGUUUCUAAUGGCUCUGCUGUUGUUAAUAUAUGUAAUACAAUUUCUUGAUCAUAGCCAAUUUAGCAACCUCCUAAGUUCURGUGCUCCAAAGGUCAAAGAAAACAAUUGAAUUAGAUUACAU